AUGGGUUCCCUUGCAAACGGUUCGCAACCUGGCACCUUCCUUUUCACCUCCGAGUCCGUCGGUGAGGGCCACCCCGAUAAGAUUGCCGACCAGGUUUCCGAUGCCAUUCUCGAUGCCUGCCUUGCUGAGGACCCCCUCUCCAAGGUCGCUUGCGAGACUGCCACCAAGACCGGUAUGAUCAUGGUCUUCGGUGAGAUUACCACCAAGGCCCAGCUGGACUACCAGAAGGUCAUCCGUGGCGCUAUCAAGGACAUCGGCUACGAUGCUUCCGAGAAGGGCUUCGACUACAAGACCUGCAACGUUCUUGUUGCCAUUGAGCAGCAGUCCCCCGAUAUCGCCCAGGGUCUCCACUACGACGAGGCUCUGGAGAAGCUCGGUGCCGGUGACCAGGGUAUCAUGUUCGGCUAUGCCACCGACGAGACCCCUGAGCUGCUCCCCCUCACCAUCCUGCUCUCUCACAAGCUCAACGCUGCCAUGAAGGCCGCCCGUAACGACGGCUCCAUCCCCUGGUUGCUCCCGGACACCAAGACUCAGGUGACCAUUGAGUACGCCCACGACAACGGUGCCGUCAAGCCCCUGCGCGUCGACACUGUCGUCAUCUCUGCCCAGCACAGCGACGAUGUCUCCACUGAGGAGCUCCGCAAUGUCCUCAAGGAGAAGAUCGUCCGCAAGGUCAUCCCCGCCAACCUGCUCGAUGACCGCACUGUUUACCACAUGCAGCCCUCUGGCCGCUUCGUCAUUGGUGGUCCUCAGGGUGACGCCGGUCUGACCGGCCGUAAGAUCAUCGUUGACACCUACGGUGGCUGGGGUGCUCACGGUGGUGGUGCUUUCUCCGGCAAGGACUACUCCAAGGUCGACCGCUCGGCCGCCUACGUUGCGCGCUGGAUCGCCAAGUCCCUGGUCAACGCCGGCCUGGCUCGCCGUGCCCUCGUUCAGCUCUCGUACGCCAUCGGUGUCGCUGAGCCCCUGUCCAUCUUCGUCGAGACCUACGGUACCUCUACCAAGUCCUCCGAUGAGCUGGUCCAGAUCAUCCGCAACAACUUCGAUCUCCGCCCCGGUGUGAUCGUCAAGGACCUUGACCUGGCCAAGCCCAUCUAUGCCCAGACCGCCAAGAACGGCCACUUCACCAACCAGGACUUCUCCUGGGAGAAGCCCAAGACCCUCAAGCUCUAA